AGUUACGAUCAUUACAUGCAUUUGGGCAUUUGUAAGAAGUUUCAAAGGGGUUUCAAUUUUCCUGAUUUUUGGGAUAUAUACACUCCCAAUAACUUCUUCUAAUUUUAUUCUCUCUCUCUAAUUGUCUCUCACAUCCUCUCUCUCUCUCUCUCUCUCUCAUUUCUCAGCCCUUAUAAAAAACACACUAUUUGUGGCACCCAUCUCUCUCUCUCAAUUCACAUUUAGUCAUUUAUCUUUUAGAUUGGAGGAAAUUUAUUGCCGGAAAAUAUCAUGGGUGAAGUUCCGGCAACUCGACACUUUGUUCUAGUUCAUGGGAUUUGUCAUGGUGCUUGGUGUUGGUACAAAAUCGCUUCUCUUUUGAAGAAUUCGGGCGUCAAAGUCACUGCGGUCGACCUGGGUGGUGCUGGAAUAAAUCCCGGAAAUGCAGACUCUAUUCUUUCAUUCGAAGAGUACAAUAAGCCCCUGAUCGAUCUCAUCCCGACGAUCCCUGAGGAUGAAAAGAUAAUAUUGGUUGGGCAUAGUGCUGGUGGGUUGAGCUUAACGCAUGCCACUCAUGUUUUUGGGAAGAGGAAAAUAAGCGUUUGUAUAUACAUCACUGCUGCCAUGUUGAGAAACGGCUUCAUGACUGAUGAAGAUGUCCAAUUCAUUCCGGACAUAGCAGAUGUGGUCGACUUCAACUUUGGGCUUGGGCCGGAUCAGCCUCCGACGAGUGCCAUUUUUAAGCCGGAAUUACAAAGAAAUCUUUUAUAUAAAUGCAGCCCAGAAGAGGACUUCACUUUAGCAUCCAUGCUCCUGAGGCCAGGGCCACUGAUGGUUUUACUGGGAGCAAAAUUUGAAGGGGAUAAUUCAGGGAAGGUUGAUAAGGUGAACCGUGUUUAUAUAAAGACUGCAAAAGAUGAAGUUUUGAAGCUAGAAAACCAAGAACUGCUGAUUAAAAAAUGGCCACCAAAUGAGGUCAUGUCCAUUGAUACUGAUCAUAGCCCAUUUUUCUCUAAACCCAAUGAGUUGCACAAAUUGUUGCUCAAGGCCUCCACUAUGUAUUGUGGCUAAGAAACUCAAUGGAGAGUAGGUGUUUAUUUAUUUAUAUGUUGAUGUUCACCAAAUAAACUCAAUGAAGUGUAAUGAAUUUGGUUACUAUUAUAUGGUA